AUGUCUUCAUCGGAAAACGCUACGUCUACCAACUCCGACAACCAUGCGGUCCCCCGAGCGGAGCUUGAUAUCACCAAGCUCCAUGCGCUCCCCUCCGAACAACAGGACCUGUACCUCCUCACCUUCACCUCCGAUCUGGUUCAACACAUUUCCGGCCUCGAUAAGGCUCAAGUAUCGGCGCAGCAAAAGUUCUUGAAAAAGGAAUUGUUCAAGAUACUCACGCUUUCCUCGCCGACCAUCACGCGAGUAAUCCGCAAUAAUUUAGGCCGGUGUUUCGGGGCAAUCUUCAGCAAGGGUGACCGUGGCAUACUAUUUAAAACUGUUACCGAUCUACUAGGCCUCCUAAAUACGGGCAAGAGCGAUGCGGAAUUGAAGACUAGGUUUGCUGUAGCCCAUUGUAUGGGCGAGGUCUUUGCGGUCGCCGGAGAAAGUGUCUUUGCGCAAUCAGGCGUUGUUGUUGCAAGCUUGCUCAAAUUGCUUAAAGCAUCAAGCAACCACACUGGAUGUCGUGGGUCAACCUUUGCCGUCCUGCGAAAGGUCGUGGUCGGUACUGGAGUCCCCGUGGACGAAGCAACUGCGCGCGACAUCUGGAAACAAGCUCGCAAUGCCGCAGCCGGGGAUAAAUCGACGUUCGUUCAAGUACAUGCCUGUCGCUGCCUGGAGCAGUUAGUGAACACGACUCCAUACUUUGACAACACGAACGACUUUGACCAUCUGAAGACCUUGGUAUGGAAAGUCAUUGACAGCCCGGUGGCCCCGGUCAGACACGCGGCCGCGGCCUGCUUGGCUCGUGCGCUGGCCAAGUUGCAUGCUACCGAUACCCCAAUUAUCUCAGUCCCGAAGUCGAAGAAAGCAAAGAGACUAUCAAAAAAGCCGGCUGCUAAACCUGGCGAGGAUGAAGAAGAGGCCGAAAUUUCAGAAUCAUCUGCUCCCAAGAAAGCUGAGCCGCGUUUGUUCUUCCUCCUUCCUGACCUUCUUCGUCAGCUGUCUGCGCAGUAUUUACGGAGCACAACUUCCAACCGGGCCCGCGCAGGUAUCGCUAUCUGCUACAAGCAUGUUCUGCGAAUCCUUGGGGAUAAGAUCAUCGAGGAACGUUAUGGCCAAAUCGCAAAUCAUCUGCUUUUCGAUAUUCUCAACCACCCUACCGUCACGUACAAUCGAUUCAGGCUUCUGAUGACCAGGAAGUUCGUCAAGAGUAUUCUGGAGGAUACUGUUGGCCGCGAAUCCCUCCGGGAAACUAGUCAACUCAAUGCGGCCAAGUGGCUAAUCAAUGAUGUUCUCAAGGAUUAUCCUCAAGUAAUCCAGGAACGCCGCGAGCCGAGCAAGCAUUCCCUCACGAGCGCCUUAAGUGCACUUUCUUCUUUGAUUGUGUCCCUUGGGUCUGCUUUUGGUACCCUGGCGGAAACUUGUCGCGAAGCUCUGCUCCAAGUCUUACCGCACCCCAGCUAUACUGUUCAGAUCCAUACAGCUCAAUGCCUACGAAACUUCGUCCUUGCGUGUCCGCAUCAGUUGUUGUCCUGUGUCACCAUUUGCUUGAAUAGCCUGAACCGAGAAGUGGGACAGCUGUCAACGCCUAGGCAGUCGCCGCGUCGCUGCAUCGGUUAUGCCAAUGGACUCUCUGCUAUGUUAAGUACAUCUCGAUUGCAGCCUCUUUAUGGUUCAGUUGAGGUGUUCUCGCGUGUGUUCACCCAGGCGACGGAUCUCCUGAAGACUAGUAGCAACUCGGAACUGCGUGCCGCCAGUACACAGAUUCAAGUCGCUUGGAUUCUGAUCGGAGGGCUGAUGCCACUCGGCCCUAGUUUUGUGAAGAUUCAUCUCUCUCAAUUAUCGCUGCUAUGGAAGAAUGCGCUCCCGAAACACCUGAGUCAAGAGAACUCUGGAAAACGCGGUAUACUGGAAUUGAGCUUCCUUGCGCAUGUGAGGGAGUGCGCUCUGAGUUCGCUGCUGGUGUUUAUGGAGUUCAACAGCAGACUUAUAACAGCCGACGGCGCGAAGAGAAUUGCCGUAAUGCUCCAAAACACGGUUGAAUUCCUGGACGAUCUGCCCCGCCAAAAGACUGCCAACGAACUUUCGCAACGACUUCACCCAUCAUUGCAACUUCAUGAUAUCGAGACCAUGGUCCGGCGCCGUGUUCUGCAGUGCUUUUCUAAGUUACUCCGGGUUCACCCUGUUAGCCAUGCCGAUGUUAUUUCUCAGUCUAGUUUAUUGAGCCUGGCCAUCUCGUCGUUUGCAGACCCCGACGCGGCCCAAGCUGGUCCACUGGAGAGCUCAAUCGCGGCAUCCACCGCGCAAUUUGAAACUUUGUGGGAUCUAUGUGAUAACUAUGGCUUCGGAAUGACAGGCCUGGCGAGGGAAUACGUGCGCGUGACUCUGACUGGCAAGCAUGGUACCGAUAAUGGUCCUGCUUGGUCGGCUGUUGAUUCAGCGGAUCAAGCUGUGGAUGAAGCUUUGACUUUCCCUAUAUGCCAAGCAAGCGAACAUGAUUCUUUGCUUUUAUACUCGAGAAGGGAAGAAGAUUCUCCCUUGGCUGAUCCCCAUUCCACCGGCGUUGUGAAUGCUGCCAUUGAGCUCUUUUCUGUUGCAAUUCCGUUGCACACCCCAAGGGUCCAGGAAGGUAGUGUAGAACAAAUCGCAACCUUCCUCUCAUCCACCAGUCUUCAGCGUAAUCCCGGGCGCAAGGCUGCUAUGGUCGUCAAUAUCGCUGUGGCACUACUCCAUGCUCUGAAGGUCUCCGUGAAAGAGACUGGUUCUACAUCUGGGAAGCUCAAUCCCGCGACUGAUAAAGUGUUGCAGGAACUUGUCCAGAAAUUCGUAACCGAUGCUGAUCUGACUGUUCGGACAAUCGGGGUUGAGGCACUCGGACGUCUUUGUGAGAGCUCUGGGACCGCUUUCACCAAUACACAGAUCAACUGGCUGGUCGACACCAUUGUGGAGAACCGCGAGCCCAAUACCCGUGCUGGCUGUGCUGCUGCCUUGGGUUGCAUUCAUUCCCAAGUUGGUGGUAUGGCAGCUGGCCUGCACCUAAAGACCAUUGUUGGUGUUUUGAUGUCCCUGUGUAGCGACCCUCACCCUGUCGUCCACUUCUGGGCUCUUGGUGGUCUAGAGAGAGUAGCAAACUCUGCCGGACUGACCUUUUCGCCCUUCGUCUCAAGUUCCCUCGGAAUGCUAGCCCAGCUAUACAACGCUGACACACACAAUGAGGAGGCUGCAGCCCUAGCGACUUCCAACAUCGAAAUGUCCUUCCUCACUCCUGUUGUGAUCAGUCGCUGUGUUGACUCCCUCAUCAACGUUCUCGGGCCGGAUCUUCAGGACAUUGCUAAAACACGCAACCUCAUCCUCACACUUCUUCGCCAGUUCCAGCUGGAGGACAACUCGGCUCUAGUCACUGAAAGCUCCAAAUGCUUGGAUCAUCUCUCCCUGUAUGCGCCGGGAUACGUUGAUUUCUCCGGAUAUGUAAAGCGGUUACAGAAUGAGCUCAGCGACGGCAACCCGUUGAUGAGGGAUGUGGCUAUUCGGGGACUGAGUAACCUCAUGAAGCGUGACGCUGGAGCUGUCCUCCGCACCGCCACUCCAACUCUUGAAGAGGAAAUUUGGCUUGCAUUCGAUGAUACUCCAGACUGCCCAAUCCUCAGAAGCAUGAUCCAGGAUUGGCUGCAACAAACGGCCCUCGUGGAGACGGAAUUGUGGAUCCAGCGCUGCCACAACACGCUGACCAAGACUCGUGUUAAAGUGGAGGAUAUUCCUCUAACAUCCGCAAUCAGGCCUACUGGAAAUGACAUGCCAGAUGAUGAGGUUGCAGGGUUUGCGUCCGCAAUUGCGGGUGCUGGCCAGACAGAAGAGGCAAAUGGCGCUGUCUCUGGCCAGGAGCUUCUGAAAUGGCAGACUCGGAAUUUCGUUAUGAGCUGUCUUAGCGAACUUUUGGCGAUUGUGCAAGAGGCAAUUCUGCCGGAUCAAACUAUUCCUGCUGAGCUUGCGCUGCAGCAGAAGGUUGGAGAUAUCGUCCGCAUGGCUUUCUCAGCAUCGACUGCCAAUGUAAUAGAACUUCGAGUCUGGGGACUGCGGAUUAUUGAUCAAGUUCUCAAAAUGUUUGGCAAGACACCCGACCCAGACUUUACCGAGGCAUCCCUUCUGGAACAGUAUCAAGCCCAGAUUGGAUCGGCUCUUACACCCGCGUUUGCCGCUGACUCGUCUGCGGAAUUGGCAUCAGAGGCCAUCAAUGUCUCUGCGACAUUCAUUGCUACUGGCAUAGUGACCAACGUUGAUCGAAUGGGCAGAAUCUUGAAGCUUAUGGUUCUAGGCCUUGAAAACUUCUCCAGUGAGUGCCAUAAAAAAAACCUUGACACUACCGAGAUUGGCGACCUCAAAGGUCUUAACCCGAAUGCUAGGGUCAUGGUCAAGAUGGCUUUGUACUCUGCCUGGGCACGGCUGCAGAUAGCCAGUGUUGAGCAGGACUACCUGAACCAAGUGGUUCAACCGUAUCUCAUGAAACUCACUCCGCUAUGGUUGUCUUCGCUCCAGGAAUAUGCUCGGCUGCGUUUCGAGCCAGAUAUCUCAGGAAGCUUGGGUACUGGCCCUAUGAGCGGGGACUUGGACGAGGUGUACGCGGCAUUGAAUCGGGAGACCCUCUUGAAGUUUUACCAAGACUCCUGGUUAAACCUUGUCGAUGCUAUUGCUGGCCUGGUUGAAAAGGACAUCGAUUUUGUCUUUGACGCAUUGGACGGCAAGUCGGAGUUGGAAGAAUCGGAGAAGACCGAGAAGGACGACGAGCAGAAAACUAACGAUGAGCCAAAGGGAAAGGGUGACAACAUCAACUAUCGUGAUGAGCCUGUUGCAUUCUUUUUCGUUCUGUUUGGUCUGGCAUUUGAAGCUCUAGUUGACCAGUCAACAACCCCAUCCCAGAGAUUGGAGAUUCUCCAGGCUCUUAAAAGGAUCCUGAGGCCAGUCAUCUCGGGGAAUGCGAUCUACCAGGAUGCGAUUUUCUCGGAGACUAUGGACUCUCUUGACCGUCUCGCGUUGACCGAAACAACUCCCAUCCAGAAUGUCAUCGUGGAAAUAGCACGGAACCUGUCCUUAGACCACCCUUCUGCCAAGGGCAGCGAGGGCCGAGACGAUCAUCUGUCCGACGACAUUGAGCAGCUUUUCGAGCUAACAAGAAGCAUAAUCCUCGUGCUUGCAGGGCUCCUGCCCAAUCUUCGCGAGUCCACACCUCUUGCACGAUUCAAUGUCGGAUCGGAUGAUGCCUUGUCCCUCAUCCGGCUUGCGCUCUCGUCGCUGGUUAAUGUUGCCUCGAUUUUCCCCUCAAUCAUCCGCAACGACCUCAACGCAUGCAUUUUGCACAUUUUCAGCACUAUCUUGGCGACUGGGCUGUGCCAGGCGGAGGUCGUGCCUCAGGCUCUACCGACUUUCAAACACUUCAUCAGCAGCGUAGCGAAUUCGCCCGAAGUCAGUCCAGAACACCCGGAAAACCGUAGCGUCGUCUCUCGCCAGUUGCGUGGCUGUCUUACACGCUUCCUCACUACCCUGACUUUUGCGCAACGACGAGAGUCCGAGUCCUCUCUCCCCUGCGCGAAGAACACUCUCCUUGCUAUUGCCAUUCUACUAACGAGCGGUGGACACAUUAUUCCACCUCAAGAUCCUGUGAUUUUCCGAGUUCUGGAUGAACUCCUGGACUGCCUUCAAGAUGUUGGACUUGCGAACGUUGCUGCUGGUUGCAUUCGCUCCAUUCUCCUGACCUCAAACCCGAGAUCCCCCACUAGCGAAGUGAUUGCCCGCUACCUGUUACCCCGACUCAUUGCCUUCUACGUCGGCUGUCCCACAGACAACGGUGACGUCCCCAGCGACCCGGAAAACUCCAAAACAGUCAUUGCGCGCACGCUCGUCGCAUGUGUCAGCAAUGCAGUAUUCCCUGCAAACGAGAUGCCCACCGCCAUCUCCCUAAUUAUGUCGACGCUUCUUUCUCGCGCAAAACGUGAGGGGCAGGCCAUCUAUCAGGAAACCGCCGUUCAUCUGCUGGAACUGGCUAAAGCCAAUCAGCUCGUGUUCCGAGCGCUCGUGGCUACUAUGAGUCCGGAGCAGAAGGCUCGACUCGAGGAAAUCCUCCGCAGUGCGGAAGCCGGUUUGGGAGCCAAUAAACAUGCCCGUGAGAGCACGCAGUCCAGCAGUGAGCAGCAAGCCAUGCCUAGUAUUGCGCUGAGGUUCGACUUCUAG